CUUAUUAAAUAGUUUUCAUGGAAACUCUUCAACAAAUUGUAGGUCUAAGGGUUGUCAGGGGUCCUGAUUGGGUAUGGAGUAAUCAGGAUGAAGGGGAAGGUCAUGUUGGAACAAUAGUGGAAGUUGGAAGCCCCGGGCAGAUGUCUCCCGAAAGGACUGUUGUUGUUUUCUGGGAUCACGGGUUGAAAACAAAUUACAGAGUCGGUUAUCAUCAUGCGUUCGAUUUGCGAAUAUUUGAUAAUGGUCCCGUUGGCGUUGAGCACUGUGGCUCUCUUUGCUGUGCCUGUGAAACGCGAGACAUAAAAGGUUUCAAAUGGAGGUGUACGAGAUGUCUGGUUGAUCUAUGCUCGCGAUGCUAUUUCAUGGACUGUCACGAUGUCAAGCAUCAGUUUUUUCGAUUUGAUCACCCGCAAAGCAGUGGUAUUCCUUGCCCGCAGCGCAUAGGCUCGGCUAGAGCUACAGCUAAAGGAAUUUUUGCUGGCGCGAAAGUUCUCAGAGGUCCAGAUUGGGACUGGAAUGAUCAAGACGGUGGCGAUGGACAACAAGGUAAAGUGCAAGAAAUAAGGGGUUGGGAAGAUGAAACAUACAGAUCUGUUGCUAAUGUGACUUGGCCCAACGGAUUGAGUAACGUUUAUCGAAUUGGACAUAAAGGCAAAGUUGAUUUGAAGUACGUUAAAGCUAGCAAAGGUGGAAAUUACUAUCCGGAUCAUCUGCCGGUUGUUGAUCUGAGCAACAUGCCAAUAACACCCCAACAACUAAACGUUGCGAAUAACGUUAACCCUGUCUCAUUUGUUCUGGGGGAGCGAGUUAAAGUCAGCCUUGAUUUGGAACUGUUGAAAGUUAUGCAAGAGGGCCAUGGAGGUUGGAAUCCGAAAAUGAAUGAUGUAAUCGAUCGGAUUGGUUGUGUUCAUCGCAUCACAGAGAAAGGAGACGUGAGAGUAAUCUAUGACAAUGGAGUUAAAUGGACGUUUCAUCAGGCGGCUUUGACCAAAGUGCCGCUCUUUCAAAUAGGAGACUGUGUCGUAGUUACUAAAAAUGUGGCCCAUCUUCUGGAGCAGGUUGAAAGUCGAGAGGAAGCGGGGCAAAUAGCUGGUUCAUCUGGAUUUGUCAGCGCCGUGAAACCGGAUGGAACAUUUGAUGUCAGCAUUCGCAACAAAAAUUACACUCUUCAUGUUAACUGUCUCCAACCAUCGCUUACAGGGAGAGCGAACGCCGCAUCAUACAUUGGAGGAGUGUCAACCUCAGGAGCAUAUGGUGACCGAGUUAACGAAAUGUCCAUGGCACCUGAAAUGGAGCAGCUUCUCAAAGCUCUUGAAUCAUCAGACGCGAGUCAGGUGACAGCUGUGCUCAAAAAAGAUGCCACGUUAUCGUCUGUGACAUUUCCAGACGGUAGACAGCCGAUACACAUUGCGGCAAAACUGGAUACGCCGGAAGUAUUGAAGUUGCUGUUCGGUUGCGAAAGUUUCGAGAUAAAUGGAACGGAUUGUGAGGACAACACAGGUCUUCAUGUGGCAACUCUGAACCCCAAUACUGAAAUAAUGAAGCAAUUAUUAUGUGCGAAUGGGAUCGAUGUAAACAAGAAAAAUACUCAAGGAAAGACGGCGUUGAUCUUAGCUACAUCCUGUGAUCAGAUGGUAAAGAUUGACAUGCUAUUGAACGAAAGAUGCGAUGUGAACAUUGCAGAUAAUAAUGGCGAGACUGCAAUUUUCCACUGCAUUUCGCAAAACAAAACAGAAAUGGCUUUGAGAUUGCUGGAGCUGCCAAAUGUUGAAUAUAACGUGAAGACCUUAAAAGAUAUGACAUACUUGCAUCAGUCAUGUGCUAAAGGAAAUUUGCCAGUUUCUACGAAGUUAAUUGAACUGUGUCCUGAACUAACAAAUGUAAUUGACAGAAACAGUAAAUUCAGUCCUCUUCAUAUGGCUGUUUUGCACAAUCAGGAAGACUCUGUUAACUUGCUAUUGGGAUCCGGAGCAAAUGUUAAUGCUGUCUCGACUAAAAAGUUCAACGCUUUGAUGCUAGCGGUUUGCUGUUCUAGUCUAACCAUAGUUUCAAAGCUGAUAGCAGCUGGAACAAACUUGGAUCAUUUGGACUUGGAUCUGAAUAAUGCACUGGCCUAUUUAUUUCAAAAUCUGGCCAAAGUCAAUAAGCUAUCUGUCUAUGACGAUGCUACGCUACCAGAAGAUUUCAAAGAGGUUAAAAAUCUUCUUGAACCACAGCAUCCUGAAGUUUCCAGAGACGCACUGAUGGCUUGUUACCUUAUCAGCAAAGGCGUCAAGUACAAGGCGUGUAAGAAUAGAUCGAAUUUAGCGCCCAUUGAAAUGUGUUCAGAUCCUGACCUCGUGAACAUAAUUGAAAAUUUUGUGAAGGAUAAUACUCGAGGAUCAAGUUGUUCAGUUAAGUGCAAAAUGUGCAACUCGCAGCCUGCUAACUGUCAAUUUAAACCCUGUGAUCAUGUAGUUUCAUGUGGGGAUUGUGUUGACUUUUUCAAGAAAUGUGUGGUGUGCAAAAAUGAGGUUGAAUCAUACAGCAAACUGACCAUCACAAUUCAGAAGAUAUGUCAAGUUUGCGAUGACAUGGAAGCAAACAUUCGCUUCGAGCCCUGUAGUCAUAAUGUAGUGUGCAAUCACUGCGCCGCCCGCGUGAAGAAAUGCUUCACAUGCCAGACACCAAUCACGGCCAAACUGGAUCUUCAUGGUAAUGACGUUACAGGCAUCUUGCCGUCGACUUCCAGCAACGUGGCAGGAAACUCGGGAUCACAUUACACAGCAGAGGAGUUGGCAGAAUUGAGAAACAAACUAGAGCAGCUUGAAGACGCAGCUUUGUGUCAGAUUUGCAUAGAAAGGCAGAAGAAUAUUGUGUUUACGUGUGGUCACACAUUUUGCGACCAGUGCGCAAACUCAAUGCAACUAUGCCCUAUUUGCAGACAACGAAUUUUGCAACGCAUACCUAUAUAUUCAGGCUAAUUUUAUCGAUUUAUGACCUGCUAAAUAUUCAACUAAUUUUUUAUGCCGGUUCAUUGCUUGAAACAUUAAGUAUUUUAGUUUUAGUUGAAAUGCUUUCAUAGGGCUGCUAUUAUCAAAUUAUAAGUAAAACUAAUUCGUAUUUAUCCUAGCGAGUUUGCGAGCGUAGUGUAUGAGUUUGAAUCUUCCUUUUUUAACCUAACCCGCAAAUGAAAGAGUUCAUUAAUUUAUUUACUUAUUUGGUGGCACUUUUGCUAUAAUCAAGAUGUGUAGCAUUGGAAAUGUCAUAUCAUAUGAUCUCUGCUUUAUUCGUGGCUAAUGUUUGUGUUAUCUUAAGCGACCGUAGCUGAGUGGUUAGUGUGUGAGACUCGUAAUCUCAAGGUCGCAAAUGGAAUCCGAUACGUAGCUGAAUUUUUACUAAUUCGAGGCUAAUUUCUACUUAUUGAACUUUGUGUUCUCGCUAGUGUUUGCGAAGCACAGCUUCGCCUCUGUGUAGUAAGUAUGUUAUUCGAUAUCUUGCACGACAAAGAGUUAAUAAUUGCAUAAUUUA